UGUUUGCCUUCGUGUGCUGGAUGCAGGGGGAACAAUGGUCCUCGCAGCUCCGGAUCUUGCUUUUCCAGGGAAGAUGGGGGCGCGUCAAGGUGCUGAGGGGACCGUCACCCUCUGGCUCUCUCUCAGGAGCUCCCUGUUCUCAAGCCUCGGGAGAGCUUUGCCUUUUCAUUUCUCUAUUUCUUGAAGCUGUGUUACAAACCCACUCAAAGGGGGUGUAAGCGUGGUGAGAGUGCAGGGUGUUAGAAUGAGAGCCUGGCAGCAGGCAGCCGUGUCUUACAUCAGUUUCAGAGCCGUUUAAACGGGUAGGAAGCAGUGCCCCGGUGUGCAGCCUUAAACAGCCCCUGGGUUGACCACACUUCUCUGGGGAAUGGCAGCAGGGUCUGGUUGGGCUCAGGCACCAUAGGUACCUGAGUUCUGCUUCCCAGAAUCAAGAGGAAGCUGAAGACCUGCCUGGGAGUUGUUCCUGGAGCAGCUUGGAGCUGACUCUUGGUGACUUCUGAAAGGCCGGAUGAGAAGGGCAGCAGAAUCAGAUGAACUUCAGAGCAGGUUUCUGGAGCUGUAAGCAGAAGGCACGAGGGUCAGUGAGACCCAGGGAGGGGCAGCAGCAUGGAUGAGCAUUCCCCUCGAGCCUCUGGGCUUGGUCUUUACCUUGAAUUUAAUCAAUCUCUACCUCCCAGGCCCAAAAGGCUGCUGGAUUCUGCAGAGCGGGUUCAGGCCCUGCAGUCAGCUAAGAAAGCUUGUGGGUUGAGUCACCCCUGUAGCACUCCAGAUCCUGGGGAGAAAUUGCUGCUCUCUUCCCCAGACUCUGCUUGUUUUCAGGGCUCCUCUCCUUUCCUGGAUAACACUGGUGAGGAUGACGACCUUGUUGCCAGUUCUGUGUCAAAAUAUGAUGAUGUGGCCAUUUCUCUGGACACCACCAGGUGUUUUGAUGAGAGUGAGCCAGAUGAUUCCUUGCUGGAGCUGUCAGAGAACGAAGAAGGGAAUUUUCCUUUCAGUUGCCCUGAGGAAGAGAUCCAGGAAAUCUUGGCAGAUGAUGGUGGGGAAGCCGAGCGGCACCUCAGGAGGAGAAGCACUCAGAGCCAAAAUGGAAAUGGAGAGAGUGAAAAGGAUGAGAUCAGCAGCUGCACCGGGGCCUCUGUCAUCAGUGAUGACACCGACAUCACUGCAGAGCCACCAAAUGAACCUCUGUCCAGAGAGGGUUCCCCACCUGGAGCUGAGGGCUACCCCAGCCCUUUGAGGGAAAGUCCUCAUUUGGAUGAGAACCAUCUGAGGUCAGCCCAAGUAACUCGCAUGUUGUUUGAACUUGACCUCCAGGAGCUUCUGAGCCUUAGCCCAAUCGAUGCUGACUAUGAAUAUCAGCUGCUGGAGGACAGUUUUUUGGAGGCAGUUACAAAAGAAGCUUCAGAAGAGGUCAUAAGUGAUUGCCUAGAGAAUGAGGAAGCUGCCAGUAGCUGCCUUCUCCAAGAAUCCUCAGAGGAGCUGAUGGUUAAUGGCCAGCAAAGCCUGGGUGUGGAUUCCCUGGGAAUCCCUGUUGCCAGUAGACAUAAGCCUGAGUGCUGUGGCGAUGGUGUGGAAGGAUCUGUGUCCUCUUCUGACUUUCUCUCUGGCCAGAGUUCAGCUGAGAAGACUUUACCAGCUGGGGUGUUGAGGUGUCCCACACCUUCAUCUGUAUUCAGUAACCAAGAACUUUCCAAAGCACCAAAGAGCUGCUUUUCAGGGAAAUUAGACUCACCAGAGAAUGAAGGGAGGCAAGAGCCUUCAGAAGCUGAACAGCCAUCCAGCAGCACUCUGUUAAGUGAGACAACUGUUGGCCAGAUUGAGCAGGAAAAGACAACAAGAGCAAAGAAACCUGGUGAAGUUAUUCCUGUGCUGCAGGAGAAGGAAAGGCUGCAUCAAGGGACAUGCAUUUCAGAAGUGGAUCUCAAGCAAAAGAAACGUUUCUAUCCAGAGAAUGCACAUCCAUGUGAGGAAAGUGGUGGCUCCUGCAGCAGGGACCCUUCCUCGGGUGAGUUGCAGUCUGACAGUCGCCAGGGCCACGUGUCCCAGCCCUGUCUCUUCACUACCCACCUUGGUCCCUUUUGGCAAGAGCAGGUCAGAGCAGACCCCACACAGCAAGGAGGUACAAGCAGUGAAGAUUGCCCUUAAUCCUCUCUUAAUGCUGAGAACUCCUUCCAGCCUCUCAUUAAAUGCUUUGCUGGUUA